AUGCCUUCUACACUAGUGACGAACACGACCGCGUCCCUUCGUGGCGGUCAUGAGCAAGCACGUGCCCGCAUUACCAAGCCUCUUCAAUACGCUGGCGGAUUAGACUCCUACUCUUACAGUGAUCUGACACCAGUCAUUGGACGAGAGUACAGAGAUGUACAGGUCAAGGAUCUUCUGAGAUCUCCUAACGCUGAUGAUCUCAUCAAGGAUCUUGCCGUAACCAUUUCGCAAAGAGGCGUCGUCUUCCUCCGCGAUCAAGAUGUCACCCCCCAACAAAUGCGUGAGCUUGGCGAAAGACUUACGUUCCUUGCCGGUUGUCCAGAAUCAUCAAGAUUGCAUGUCCACCCCCUAACAGAAGAGGGCAGCGAGCUCGGCGACCAGAUCAGCGUAAUCAGUAGUACGAAGCAGAAGAGAGGAGGCGGUCUUACACACCAACUCAGCGACACGAGUCGCUUUGCGUCUGUUGGCUGGCAUACCGAUAUCAGCUUCGAGCCUGUCCCAUCCGACUAUGCCAUGCUCAAGAUCCACACUUUGCCUGAGACCGGCGGCGACACGCUUUGGGCCUCGGGUUACGAAAUAUACGACCGGCUCUCGCCCCAGCUAGCCAGCUUCUUGGAGACUUUGACCGCGACGCACGAAGCAAAGUUCUUCCACGAAGAGGCAGCAAGAUUGGGUAACCCCCUGAGAAAGGGAGUUCGAGGCUCGCCGCUUAACCAGGGAGGUGAAUUGACUGCCGUUCAUCCCGUCAUUCGGACCAAUCCCGUGACUGGCUGGAAGUCUGUCUAUGUAAACAAGGGCUUCACCCGCCGAAUAAAUGGCGUCACCAGAGACGAAUCCGAUAUGCUCUUGAACUAUCUCUUUAAUCUCGUCACGCAAAACCAUGACGCCCAGAUUCGCUUUAAAUGGAAUCCCAACGACCUCGCCAUCUGGGACAACCGCUCGACUUGGCACUGCGCGACAUAUGACUACGCGGAAGCACGUGCUGGUGAUCGUGUCUGCAGUCUUGGCGAGGCACCGUAUUUUGACACCUUGUCCGUGUCAAGAAGACAGGCCCUUUCCCAACAGGAGUAA